AUGAGCGAUCAAUACGAUGAUGAAAUCGUAUGGUGGGGAUUUAGUUCUUGUACAGAAAGUCUGGAGGUCACAGAGCGAUUUGUUGGAAAGUCUGGUGUACGGACAUUAUUCACUAUUGAAUGUAAUAAUGGCAAAGCGAUCCGAGCUCAUUCACACUACGGUGAAGAGAACGAAAUCCUUCUUCUGCCCGGCACUUACUUUCGUGUUGUUGGUAAAUCAAGUCCAGCUAAAGACUUAUAUAUUAUUCAUUUACGAGAAACGAUACCACCACGACCAUACCUUGAACCGCCUUUUACAACGACACCAUCAGAUACCACACCCAGUCCCAUGGUGCGGGCAACACCUAGGCAAACACCAAUUAAACAAAAUAUUGCAACCUCGAAAAAAGAAGAAGAAUUACCAGGUGCUUUUGCUGCUGUGUCGAUGAAUCGAAAAAUUACUCUUAGUAUCCCAGUGAAUGCAAAAUGGGCGCAGAAUGGUAUCACUCUUGCUGGAGGUCACGGAGAAGGUAAUACCACCAAACAGCUCAACUACCCCCAUGGUCUCUUCGUUGACAAUGAUCAAAUAAUAGUCAUCGCUGAUCUAGGAAAUCAUCGUGUCGUCCAAUGGAGGUUGGACGAUACGACUGGACAUGUCGUAGCUGGUGGUCAUAACGGAGGAGAUCGAUUGGAUCAAUUGAAAUGUCCAACUGAUGUUCUGGUUGAUAAUGAGAAUGAUAGUCUCAUUAUCUGUGAUCGAGACAAUCGACGAGUCUUACGAUGGUCUCGUCGUAGUGGCGACACUCAAGGAGAAGUCCUCAUCGAUAACAUCGACUGUUGGGGAUUAGCCAUGGAUCAUCAGAGAUAUCUCUACGUCUCCGACACAACAAGACAUGAAGUCCGACGGUAUCAAAUAGGAGACAAGAUUGGAACUCUCGUGGCUGGUGGUCAUGGCGAAGGCACUGGUCUCCAUCAACUUAAUGAACCAGUCUACAUCUUUGUCAAUCAACAACAGUCAGUGUAUGUGUCGGACUACUAUAACCAUCGUGUGAUGAAGUGGGAGAAAGGUGCAACAAAAGGAAUUAUCGUUGCUGGAAGUCAAGGUCAUGGAAAUGCCCCGUCACAAUUGAAUGGUCCUAAUGGACUGUACGUCGAUGCGUUAGGUACUCUCUAUGUGGCGGAUGCGUGGAAUAAUCGAGUCAUGCGUUGGCCUAAAGGAGCCACACAGGGUACUGUCAUCGUGGGUGAAAAUGGUUCAGGACCAGGACCUGAUCAGCUCAAUGGUCCUGUUGCUUUAUCUUUCGAUAGUAAUUACAAUCUGUACGUCGCCGAUUGGGGAAAUCAUCGUGUUCAACGUUUUUCAGUUCUAUAA